CGUGGUUUAUAAUUUGCUACAAAACUAACCUAUACAACAUUCAAAGCGAUGCAGUCGCGGAAACCUCGCGUAAUAUUAGAAGAAUACGGCAUUCCUAAUGCAGCCGAAUACUCUAACCUUCAAGCAGAAGGAGGAUGGUCUAUAGAACAUUUCAAAAAGUCUUUAAAAGUUGAAAUUGUAAGAGAAUCGGAUGAUAAAAGAGAAAUGGAAUUUGAUUUAAUUGGAGUUUCUGCGGCUUUAGCAAAUGUAUUUCGUAGAAUACUAUUAAGUGAAGUACCAUCGAUGGCACUUGAAAAAGUAUUUCUGCUGAAUAAUACCAGUUUAAUUGCAGAUGAAAUACUUGCUCACAGACUAGGAUUAAUACCUCUGAAGGCUGAUCCUCGACUUUUCGAAUACUGUUGUAAUGUUGGGUCAGAAGAAGAAGUCAGUGAUCAAGAUACGUUACGAUAUGAAAUGAAAGUUACUUGCACAUGGAACACCCAAGCUCCUAAAGAUUCACGACGUCCAGAAGAUAUUUACCGAAAUAACAAUGUAUAUAGUCGAGAUAUUAAAUGGGUUCCCAUUGGAAGACAAGCAGAGAUAUACCCUAAUGGAGAGGAACAGUUUGGCGUUUUAGAAAAUGAUAUAUUGAUCUGUAAGAUGCGCCCAGGGCAAGAAAUACAUGCAUUUAUGCACGCAGUUAAAGGAAUUGGCAAGGAUCAUGCAAAAUUUUCUCCCGUAGCUACUGCCACCUAUAGGUUGAUGCCUGAUAUCCGACUGACAAAACCCGUUAAAGGUGAAAAGGCAGAACGUUUAAAGAACUGUUUCAGCCCUGGGGUUGUUGAAAUCGUGGAAACUAGGAAAGGUAAUUCUGACUCACGAGAAGCCAGAAUUAAGCAACCGCGACAUGACAGUUGUUCAAGGAAUGUGUUUCGCUAUGAUGACUUAAAGGACUGUGUUCAACUUGGACGGAUACCAGAUCAUUUUAUCUAUACCAUUGAAUCAGUUGGUGCUUUGCCAGCUGGAAUUUUAUUUCUGGAAGCUGUUAAGGUCCUAAAGAGAAAAUGUAAAGCAUUUAUCGAAGAAAUCGAUAGCAUCGAUUAAUUUUAAUGAAUAUUAAUUAAUUAACAUUUGUAACAAUCUUUCCUAUGUAAUAUUUAAGAGUAAAAAUGCCA